AUGCGGCCAAGUAGGUCGAUCGAAGAGGCCCUCUUAUUGACCGAGAAUGAUCCGUCCAAGGUGCUCCGCAUGAUAGUCGAUGGAAAAGAGCUUACCAAGGGGGAAUACCUCCCGAGAAAACAUACUCAAAAUGCUCCCAAAAUCUGUUUCCCAAACUCUUCCAGCACUGUGACUUAUGCCGUUGUCUGUGUUGAUAUUGAUCCCCCUUUCCCCUCCUGGAGUGUCCUCGGCGCUGCUCUGCACUGGCUCCGGACAGGUCUUACUGCGACUGUGGACGGGGAGAUGAAGCACGCGGACAACAUCCCAGCUCUUGCGAAUUAUAUGGGCGCCGGUCCUCCGCCGGGGAGUUCACCUCAUCGAUACCUGUUCAUUCUUUAUGAGCAGGGCCCUGGAUUCGACAUCAACAAAUGGGGCAGGUCCUUUAGUAUUUUGAAUCGGAUGAGAUUUGACCUGGAUAAGUUCGAGACGGAUACGGGCUUGGGCAAGAUUGUUGCUGCGACUUACUUCCUUAGUAACUGA